AUGGCGGACUACAACUUCGGCGGUUCGGAGGAGGAAAACGCGGAGCUGAGGAAGCUUGAAAUUGAGUUGUCCAACGAUCCGGACAAUUUCGAGACCUGGGAGAAGCUGGUGCGCGGCGCCGAGGCACUUGAAGGCGGAAUCAAUCGCAAUUCCAAUCCGCAAGCCAUCACAACCGUGCGCAACGUGUACGAUCGAUUCCUAGCCAAGUUCCCUCUUCUGUUUGGCUACUGGAAGAAAUAUGCCGAUCUUGAAUUCUCCGUCACCGGCACUGAAGCCGCAGAAAUGGUCUACGAGAGAGGCAUUGCUAGCAUCUCACCUUCUGUUGAUCUCUGGACCAAUUACUGUUCCUUCAAAGCGGAGACAUCUCACGAUGCCGACAUCAUCCGAGAUCUAUUUGAGCGAGGCGCUGACAGCGUGGGACUCGAUUUCUUGGCCCAUCCUUUCUGGGACAAGUACAUUGAAUUUGAAGAGCGAGUCGAGGCACAGGAAAGAAUCUUUGCUAUUCUGGGCCGAAUUAUUCACAUUCCGAUGCAUCAGUAUGCACGUUACUUUGAGCGAUAUCGCCAGCUUGCCCAAACUCGCCCUCUAGCUGAGCUGGCACCGGCAGAUACCAUGGCUGGAUUCCGUGCCGAGAUUGAGGCUGUAUCUGACCAGGUUGCACCAGGCGCCAAAGCUGAAGCAGAAAUCGAGCGCGAUCUGCGACUACGCGUUGAUACCUAUCACCUUGAGGUGUUCUCAAAGACCCAGACCGAAACUACCAAACGCUGGACCUAUGAGUCUGAGAUCAAGCGGCCAUAUUUCCAUGUUACGGAAUUGGACGAGGGUCAGCUUCUGAAUUGGCGAAAAUAUCUUGAUUUUGAGGAAUCUGAAGGUUCGUACAACCGCAUACAGUUCUUGUACGAGCGCUGUCUCGUGACUUGCGCCCAUUACGAGGAAUUCUGGCUUCGAUAUGCCCGUUGGAUUGGCGCUCAGCCUGGCAAGGAAGAAGAAGUGCGAAACGUAUACCAGCGCGCUAGUUGUCUAUACGUUCCCAUUGCCGCCUCAACGGUUCGUUUGCAUUAUGCAUAUUUCGAAGAACUCUCCGGUCGGGUCGACGUUGCCAAAGAUAUUCACAGCGCCGUUCUCAUGAACCUCCCAAGUCACGUUGAAACCAUUGUCUCCCUGGCAAAUCUAUGCCGCCGUCAUGGCGGUCUUGAUGAGGCUAUCAACGUGUACAAGACUCAUUUGGACUCACCGCAAUGCGAGUUGGCCACAAAAGCGGCUCUUGUUGCUGAGUGGGCCCGUCUGUUGUGGAAGACCAAGGGCGAUCCUGAUGAAGCUCGCAAGGUCUUCAAACAGAACCAGCAGUCGUACCUCGACAGUCGACCAUUCUGGACUAGCUACCUGAUGUUCGAGAUUGAACAACCCACGAGUGCUGACGUUGAGCCGACCCAGUAUGAGCGCAUCAAGCAGGUUGUCUCGGAUGUCCGCUCCAAGAGCACUCUGUCCCCUGAAUUUGUGAAAGAACUCAUUCAGAUUUACAUGGCUUACCUUCUCGAAAGAGGCACAAAAGACACUGCCAAGGAGUACAUGGCCCUGGACCGAGAAGUGCAUGGCCCCGCGUCUGUUGCCACCUCUCGAACCGAUGGCGCACUUGUGACUCCCGUGGUGGUUGCUGCGCCAGUCGCUGUUCCUCCCACAGGUCAAAUUGCGGUUCCAGACCAAGCGGCUUGGCAGCAGCAGCAGACUUCUGUGAAUGGGGUUUAG